AUGUCUGGCAUGUUAUUGGCCAUAAAAGUUGCUAAAACGCAACUGAGUUGCGCAUACGGAGAUUUAAAUACUGCCAUUUACCACAGUGUACACUUUCCUCGACAGAGAACUUUAAUAAAUCUGAGCCUGUCACAGCUCCAUACAAACAAAAAAUUCCUCGAAGGUCGCUAUUCACUACUUUAUAACUCCGUAAUCGUAGGAAAUAUACGGAUUCGUAGAAGAUAUACGAAUUCGUAUAUUUCCUACGAUUACGGAGUUAUAAAGUCUGUCAUUUACUACAGUGGUAUUCAAGUUAUGUCUGCAUGA